UUUUUUCCUCACUCUCUUUUCUCUACUUCCCUCUUCUCCCCCCCCCCCACACCUCCUUUCUUAUUUUAGCAAAUUCAAAAGGAGGAGAAAUUUAGCAGGGGGAAAAAAUGCCAGAUGCUGCAGCACCCCGGCAAUGGUCAUGAGUAGAUGGUGGAUGGCACACAUUCCUCGCGCUUUCAUGUUCGGAUUUUACCGAAUUUCCUUGCUGCAUUCAAGCCCUAAGAUGAUGCCAAAUUGAGGCACACGCGCGCUCGCGCGCGCGCACACGCACACACAUCAGGGCAGGAGCAGCAGCCGCGGGUGGGGAUACAGGAAGAGCAAACAGCCCUGCGUCUUCAAGGAGCCUAACGCGAUCUGCCGAGCAUCUUCCCUCACCCCCCUCCCCAGCCCCUCCAACCCCCCAACCUUUUCCUCUUUUCCAACCCCCUUUUUCUUUCCCUUUAAUUUGUUUCAUUUUUUUCUACAUAUAUUUCAUAUUCAUCCAUUUAUUUAUUUAUUUAGGCUCAGAAGCAAAUGCUCAAGUGAUAUAGAACUGGGGGGGAGGGUAUUAUCUGCUGGUUUUUCUUUGCAAAGAAUACAUUUCAUUAAUUAAUUUUAAUUUUUUUAAUGAUUUUUUUGCGGGAGAAGAUAGAACCGCACUCAGUUGCAGAGAGAAAUCAUUUUUGAAAAAUGCAGUCCUGACCGGGACAUCGGAGGGAUUGAAGGUUGCAUCGCGUUCCUGGUUGGGGGGCCGCUGGAGCAAGGAAGAUGUCCCGAGCCGCUGCUGGCCCCUGCUCUGGCCAGGCUGCUGCCUGAACCGCACAGCGCCCGCCCCGCCGAGCCGAGCCGAGCCGCCGCCGCCGCCGCCGCCCGAUGGGAUGGGAUGUGGAGCUGCUCCGCAGUAGCAGCAGCAGCAGUGGCAGCGGCAGCAUCAGCAGCAGUAGCAGCAGCAGCAACCUUAGCAGCAACAGUAGCAGUAGCAGCAGCAGCAGCAGCAACAGCAGCAGCGUCCGCCGCAGCAUCCGCCGCAGCCUCGUAACCCUCGGCCCUUUCCUCUUUGCAGGAUGGCCCGGUUCGGAGACGAGAUGCCCGCCCGCUACGGGGGAGGAGGCGCUGGAGGAGGCGCCGGGGCAGUCGUGGGAGGUGGAGGCGGCCGGGGUGCCGGGGGCAGCCGGCAGGGAGGACAGCCCGGGGCGCAAAGGAUGUACAAGCAAUCCAUGGCGCAGCGAGCCCGGACCAUGGCUCUGUACAACCCUAUUCCCGUCCGACAGAACUGCCUCACGGUCAACCGGUCUCUGUUCCUCUUCAGCGAGGACAAUGUGGUGAGGAAAUACGCCAAAAAGAUCACCGAAUGGCCUCCCUUGAAUAUAUGAUUUUAGCCACCAUCAUAGCAAACUGCAUCGUACUAGCUCUCGAGCAGCACCUGCCUGAUGAGGACAAGACACCCAUGUCCUGAACGCCUGG